AUUAAUUAAUUAAUCCAUUAUUAUAUUAGUAUAAGGUAAGUGGCAAAGAAAAGGAAUUAAGCUCAGUUCACACUCACAUUGGUGAUGCAACUUUCGUUCAUGCUACGAACACUCACACAAUGAACAAGUGAAACUGAGAGCAUUAUUUUCCUUUGAAUCCUUCUCUUUCAUUCUAACUAACUAAACAAACUCACUUUAUAUUUUUUCCCUCCAAACUUCAAUAACUAAAUCGUAACAAACUCUAACAAUGUUGGAUCUCAAUCUCAACGCUCAUUCCGCUUUUGAUAACUACACUUUCCCACUCUCCUCCGCCACCGCACAAAUGGAAAGCUCCGGCAGCUUUGAUUCAUCCGUCGUCAACACCGCCGACACUGAAGAUUCAUCCUCUUACGGCGAUGCCUACGCUUACAACUUCGCCAUACUCAACAACAACACCAACAACAACAGUUCCGUUGAGAACGGUUCAAUCUCCGGUGAACUUCAAGUUCAACACUCCGGCGCCGGUGAAUCUGGUGUACGGACAAUUCAGCUUUUUCCAGCUAACGAAUCUGGAUUAAUCUCGCCGUCUGAAAAUAGAGGAUGGAUGAAGAUGAAUUUUCCGUCGGAUCAUCACGGCGGUGUACCGGAGCAUACUGUUGUUGUUGCUCCACGACCACAGCAAGUGAAGAAGAGUCGCCGUGGACCGAGGUCACGAAGCUCGCAGUAUCGUGGCGUUACUUUCUACCGGAGAACAGGACGAUGGGAAUCGCAUAUUUGGGAUUGUGGAAAACAAGUUUACUUAGGUGGAUUUGACACUGCACAUGCUGCAGCAAGAGCUUAUGAUCGAGCUGCGAUCAAGUUUCGUGGAGUUGAUGCGGAUAUUAAUUUCAAUGUUAGCGAUUAUGAUGAAGAUAUAAAGCAGAUGAGUAACUUUACCAAGGAAGAGUUUGUGCAUAUUCUGCGUAGACAGAGUACUGGUUUCUCAAGGGGAAGCUCUAAAUACAGGGGAGUUACUCUGCAUAAAUGUGGAAGAUGGGAAGCUCGUAUGGGACAGUUUCUUGGGAAGAAGUAUAUAUAUCUCGGGCUUUUCGAUAGCGAGAUAGACGCCGCAAGAGCCUAUGAUAAGGCUGCUAUAAAAUGCAAUGGAAGAGAAGCAGUGACAAAUUUUGAGGCUAGUACUUAUGAAGGAGAGUUAAUUUCCCAUUGUGAUAAUGCAGAUAGCAAGCAGAAUCUUGAUCUGAACUUAGCUAUAGCUCCUCCUUCUAACUCUGAUGUUCAAAUGAUGAACAUGCAACACAAUGGAAGUGGUUUACAAGUUCAGCGUAGCUGGGAUGAUAUGCCUGUUGAUAAGAGUGUUAUGUUUGAGGACUCUGGGUCAAGAUCAGUCAAUGUUCAGUCACCUUAUGGUUUUUCCAUAUCAUCUGAGAAUCAACCUCCAGUUUGGAGUGGUAGCAAUUACUUUCCCAUGUGUAAGGAAAGAGCAAUAGAGAAUAGGAUGGAAUCUUCUCCAGUUCCAAAUUGGGCAUGGCAACUUCAAAGUCCUUAUAACAAUGGGUCAACUUUGAUUCCACCUAAUUUCUCUGCUGCAGCAUCAUCAGGAUUCCCUUCAAAUACAACAAUACCAACAGCUGCAGAUAGUCAAAUUCAUUUUGCAAACAUGAAUUUCCACCCUCAUUUUCCUCCUCAAAUGACUAACUCCAGCACCAUACCCCCUUUCUACUGCAGAAGCUGAACUAUAGCUCCCAAAGUAAAAACCAAUUCCAAAUCUUCUAGACAUCUAGUCUUUGUAUCAAAGGAUAAGAAUAUCAAUAUGGUUAAAAAACUUGUAGGGACUAAAAGUAGGAAUUGAAAUUGCUUAGUUCAAUUCAAGUGAUAGCUUUCACCAUUUAUCCUUUAAAUAUACCUAUUUUCUUCCGUGUAAAAAAAAAAGCCCUGCCACCAAGGCAUGGUGUAAAACUCUGCUUUUGCUUUUAUGAGACAAUUCUAAUGAGGAAAUUAAAGCAUUUCCAUUCCCUUCCUUUGGUAUGUAUCAUCUUUCACUCUCCGGGCCUUUCUAUCUUGAAAAUAUGAUGUUGAUCGUUUGAAGAGAUUGAUUGAACUGUACAGUGAUCCACAUGCUAAUUAAAUUAAAUUCCCAUAUUAA